AUGGGGAAACAGGGCUACUCGGAAGAAGCUCAUGGUUCGGUCUUGGCAUUCUGGAAAUUUCUCCAGUCCUGGGCAGAUCUUCUUCCCCCGGACCAGUUCCAUCUUCUUCCCUUCUCCAUCCCCAUCCUCAACUCACGAUCUUCUCAGGAAUCUCCUUCUCCUUCACAAUGCACCUCCACGCCCAACUUUUUCUUCCUCCAGGCCGAGCCCGGAUACCCGAAAACCCGCGCAACGCGCGCGUCUGUCCUCCGCAACAUCAAGUCUCUCGCUCCCCUCCUGGACCGCGUCCUGGUCCAGCGCAUCAAGCCCGAGGCCAAGACUGCCUCCGGUAUCUUCCUCCCCGAGGCUGCCGUCAAGGAGCAGAACGAGGCCCAGGUCCUCGCUGUUGGCCCCGGUCUCCUUGACCGCGACGGCAAGCGCAUCCCCAUGGGUGUCAAUGCCGGUGACAAGGUCCUCAUCCCCCAGUUCGGUGGUAACGCCAUCAAGGUCGGUGAGGAGGAGUACACUCUCUUCCGGGAUCACGAUAUCCUCGCCAAGAUCAAGGAGUAA